GCUGCGCCCCUCCACCCCACCGGCCACCAGAGCCGGGAGGAGCUGGGCCACGUCGCCCGCGUUGCCCGCGUCUCCACCGCCUCGCUCGGCCGCUUCCAGCCCCGGCUGCCCAAGGAGCCGGCGGAGCCGCCGUCCCGCAGCGGCGGCAAGAAGCGCCGCUUCGAGCCGCUGCUGGGCAACCUGGCGGCAGAGCGCAGCCGGCAGCUGGAGCUGCUGAGGGACAUGAGCAGCAAGAAGCCGGUCCUCGACAUCACCCGCGCCGUCAACAAGCAGCUGCGCCAGGAGGAAGCUGAGGCGGCUGCUGCCAAGGGCAAGAAGCAGUCGCAGCGGGGGAAGCGUGGCCGCCGGCAGCAGCGGGUUGGCCGCAGCGGCAAGAAGAGUGGAGCCCGGCGGCAACAGCAGCAGCGGCCUGCGAGCAGCAGCGCUGGCGGUGGCAGGAGAAAGAAGGCAUGAGGGACGGGGACUCUGUGCAGCACGGGCCUGGGGAUACCUGCCGAGGUGCGGGAAGGGACUGUCAGUGCCAGCCUCCCGCCCAGCACUCUAUUCCCACACAUUGUCAAUAAAUAUGCUCCAGCCUAAAAUGUCCUGCGUUUGGCUCUUAGCUGGCAUUCAAGGAGGGUUGUGUUCUCCAUCCAAGGGGAGCUGGUGGUGUGUCAGGGGGGUUGGGAGCCCCAUUUUGCAGGGACAGGCAGGUAACGUUGCUUCAUGCCUGCAGCGUUUCCAGGCAAGACUGAAGCUGAGCAAAGCUGUCUCUUGCUCAGGUAGCUGGGGCUGGGGAUCGACCGCAGCUAUGAGCUGUGAUUUGAUCGAGUAACAGCCUGCUCAGACAUGAAACAGUCAAAAGGACAGGACGUGGCUGCUGCUGUGUGCUCUGGCCAGGUGGCCUGACGGUGGAGCUCUUGCUCUGUAAGUCAACUGCUGCUGCUCAGCUCUGUGGUAUUCGGGUUCAGUUACAAAACGAACGUGAAAACUCACUGUAAGAUUUAUUGUAGGGCCUAAUAAAUUGUACAGAUUUCCUAGAGAGUUCUGUUGAUUAAAAUAAAAGUCAGAGCUGGUGACCAGCCGCUGAAUUCAACAGAACAAUGUAUUGAACAGGUUAAAACCUAAAUUUCUCCCAGUAUUAACAGUAAUCCAUCAUGUCAUAGAAAUAGUUUCACAGUGUUUUUCUUUACCAAGCAGUUUGAGAGCAGAUAUUUGGAAUUAUCUUUGACUUCUGCUUUUUACUCUUUUGAACUCUAGUGCCUCCUGUACGCAUGAAAUAAAAAAUACUAUUUGCUGUCCCAAUGUGUGGCUUAGCUACAGGAAGGAUGUGGUUUGCCGGGGCUGUUCCUAGUAAGAGGGGUAGUAAAACAAAUUC